AUGCCUGCUAUCGAGGCCACCCGAGAAUGGUACCAGCCAAAUCGCUACCAAAAUGCGCAACAAAAUGUUGACGCCCCCGCAGAGUCCUCUCACCCACGCCCCCCUUUUAUCACUUUCUCAUUCUACCUCUCAUCAACCUCCUCUCGCGAUCGCGUUAUCGCUGCAACAGCUCGUAUUCGUGAGCUCACCGUCCUAUCCAUUUUUGGGUGCGGUGGAAGCACCCCUGUCUACGUGCGCCCAGUUUACCCCAAAGUCAUCUACGAUCUCCUCACAAAAGCUAGAGCUGCCUGCACAUCUCUUGGCUAUCUCCGUCCUGUAGUCCGCAAUCUGCGUAUCUUCGUGCGACCGACAUUUAAUUCUGAGCUUUUGCCGAUUCUCUGCGAGGAGGAUCUAUACCUUCUCCCCCCCAAUCAAAAUCAAAAUCGCUCAGCAAACCUCUCACUCAACGCUAUUACCCCUACUCGUGGCUCUCGACCAUUCAUUCCACGAAAGUCCCAGCGACUGCAGCACCCACAAAGUAAUCAGCAUCAAUACCCGCAUCAGUUACCCUUACUACUACAAUACCAACAAGCGCAACAACCACCACAGCAACAGCAGCAGCAACCACCUCAACGGCAGCAACAACAGGAACCUCAGCAUAGUCAGCAGCUACUACAGCAUCCGCCACCCCAAUUGUCUCAACAGCUUCAUCAACAACCCCCGUCCCUGCAGCAACAAUAUCACCAGCCCCAAACGUUCUAUGCCCAACCCCAGCAUCAGCCACUCGAACAGCCCCAGCUACCGCACCUGCAAGCCACGCACCAACAAAAAUGCUUGUAG